UAUAUGCAUAUUAUUAUACCAAUAUACUUGUCAGAAUUUUUUGUUACUUAACUUAAUACUAUUUUGUACAACUACUUACUAGAACAAUCUAUUCCAAAUUCAAUAGACACAAACUACAUCCCAAGGCUAAUGAAACUUGCGUUGUGCAUUUCCCAUGGAAAUCUACAAAUCCAAUUAGUGUUGAAUAAAAGUUUCAGUUGAUUCUGGCCAGCCUCCAACCAUUCCAAUCGGAGAUUGCUAUUCCAGGGAACGUUAUGGGUAUAACGGUUCAUUGGCACUAAUUUAGUGUGGUGCCGUGAGACGAAAGACAAUUACGUGGAACUUAAAGAUCUCUUUGCACCGCUCGUAAAAUUCCUUCAAAUUAAGACGUCGAUAUAUCUGGUAGGUUUUUUACCUUUUCUAAAAGGAAUCGCUGAUAUUCUUAUUGGUACUAUGGAUCAGGAAUUAAAAAGUAGUGGAAUAUUUGAAAUGUUUUUCUGUUGUGUUUGCCGCAAAAAUUUUAAUGAUUAAAAAAAAAUCUUUUCAUCAAGGAUCGAAUCUAAAACCUCUCAGCCUUAUAACGUAUUAGCUGACGCCGCGCGGUUUCACCCGCGUUGUUCCCGUCCCCGUAGGAAUGCGGGGAUAAUAUAUAUAGCUUAUAGCCUUCCUCGAUAAAUGGGCUAUCUAACACUGAAAGAAUUUUACAAAUCGGACCAGUAGUUCCUGAGAUUAGCACGUUCUAUCAAAAGAACAAAUAAAAAUUCUUCAGCUUUAUAAUAUUAGUAUAGAUUCAUGCUUUGGCUCAUUAAAUUUUUUACUAGCUCUUCUAAGUAGAUACUGCCUUCCGAAGUAGAGUCACUACAAGAAGUCUGUCUCGAUAUCUACUUGUAAAUUAUUGUUAAGCCGAAAAUUUACUGAAUUCUAUUUCUUCGUCAUCAUCAUUAUCAGCUGGUGGACGUCAUAAGCUUUUAGUAUCCUCCAAAUACCACGAUCUUGAGCCACCUGCAUUCAACGUCUCCCCGUGACCAGCUAGAUAUUAAUUUAAUAAUAAAUAAUAUACGAAAUAUUCCGUAUACUAACAAACAUAUUGUAACUCCAAAUAUCAUAUUUUCAUAUGAUAUUUCAAGUUAAAGUCCGUUUAAGAUAUCGGAUAUAUAAAACCUUUUACCUAAUACUAUAGCCCUGGAUCUCAGUAAAAGUAUUUAUUCAAUCGUCGCAAUUAUUACUGUGUACAAAAAAUUAAAUAAAUUUAAAAUUAUUAUUGGAAGUGAUCUCGUUAAUAAUUAAAUACAAGUCAUAAAAUUGCAAAAAUAUAAGUAGCUUCGACACAAAUAUCUAAGUAUAAUACAAUGAGUGGCAGCAAAGACGUAUAAAGCAGUUUAAUUAAAACCUUCAAAGCGGUUUGUUUACCACUUACGAAGCGGAUGGAAUCAUAAUAUCCUCACCUAUUAAGCGAAGCGGUGGUGGUUCCUGGUAUCACAUCCUUUCAUCUCCUUCUGUUUCCUGACAUUGUCUAACACCUUCCACCUCUGAGAAUUACUUGCUCAAGUGGAAUCAAAUACGAACCGCUUAGCUGCCUCCACAAAACAAGUAAAUUAUUCAAUGAAAUAGUAAAUAAAUAAUACAUAAUGAAUAACUAAUAAAUAAAGUUAAAUUAAUUCUUAACCACUGAAUUCGAAAUACGAGUAAAACAUAGGAAACAGUUUACUUGUUUUAGAGGUUUCAUACCCCCUUUCCUUUACUGAUUUGUACAUAACUUUUUGUUAUGGACAAACCAGUUGAACGUCAAAAACCCUCAUGGAGUCUAACUUUUUGUUUUUUUUUUUUAUUUUCAGGAAAGUGAUUUACAAUUUUCAAUAUAUAAAGUUAUAUUUUUGAUGAAAAGUAAAUAAUUAAAUUCCGUCUAAGUACAAAGUAUACAUAAAGUGUUAACAGUUUUUAUUGAUAAUAAUUAUAGAAGUGAAUCAACAAAAAUAAACAUUAUGUGUUAAGUCACAAGUGAUAAAAUGACAUUUCAAAGAACCGACUGUGGCGCGAAACUUUUUUGUGCAAAAAGUGUUAAAAUUAAAAAGAUAUGGGAUGAGUUAUAGUGAGAGAUGUUAUGUUCAACCCACUGUUCCAACCGAAGAUGAUGCACGAAAUUCACGACAAUGCGGGGGCAGGUGCAAACGACGAGAUGGAGGAAAACGAGGGCGGAGGGAGUGGGGGUGCCGAGGUCGAUAUGGACGAUAUGGGCUCCCUCGCUUUACCUCCCGAUCUGCCCCCUUACUCCGGUGACUACAUCAUUAGCGACUAUAUGGAACGCCUCGGUACACGUCUUAAUAUCCUUGAAACUGAAUUAAAGUACGCAUGGCGUGCACUUGAUCUUCUGAGCCAGGAAUAUGUAAGAAUGUGGGAUAGAUUGGAAAGACUAGAGUCGUUGCUGGCAGAUCAACAGGGCGUUAUCUCUACUCUUCUUGAUUUUUAUGCAUGUCGUACGGUUACAUCUAGAGAUCCUAUGUCAAGGCUUGAAGUCAUAAGAGAAAUUUUGGGUAACGGCACGGUUGAAGAUGGAAUCGAGGAUGGGUUAGAUAUAGAGAGGAGUGGAGUUAUAUUAGAUCCCCAAGAAGAAGCGAUGGAAUCAAACGAGGCUUUUUAUAGAAGUUUAAAUCAGGCUUAUAGAGAAGAUCUAGUAUGUGAUGAAACUUCUAGACCAUCUUCACAAUUAGAUAUGAUUUGGGAAGCACCAGAAGAAACUGAAGUUGAAAUAAUACCAACUACAUCAAGGCAAAUAUACAGUGCCAGUGAUUACAAAAAUUACUGUGGACUACAAGGUGGGCCUGGUAUAAGUGAAAGGGAUAUAGUUCAUCUGUCUACCUUAAGUACAAUAGAUCAAAUAACAGUAGAUAAAUUACAUGAAUUAGAUAGGUUGACAACCCAAUUACACAAAGAUUCGAGAGAGUUAAAAGACUUGAAGACAAGGCUUCUUAGUCCAGAUACAAAAGUAACAACAAAACGUGACAGAGAUAGAGACAUAGAAGCUAAAACAUUAGUUGAAGAUGGAAAUAUUAUAAACGAACAACUAAAAAAUGUAUACACAGGUGGCGAAACUUGGGCUAUUAAUGACAUGAUGAAAAGUUUUGACGAUUUUAUUUUAACAAUACCAAAAGAUAAUUCUAUUAGAGAUAAGUCUCCAUCUAGAUUAUCACUAUCUGAACAUACAGCGACAGAUAGAACAUUAGAUUAUUUACCACCAUCUUUAUCUCCUCGGCGUAAAUUUGUUCAUGAAAGAACAACAACAGAACCUUACACAACUGUAACAGGCCGAUUGGCAUAUAGUUCAGCAGUAGCUAACGCUGAAAUUGCAGCUAAAAUAUCUAAAUCACCUAGUUCUUUGUCAAGAGAAAGAUUUGAAUAUAGCUCGUCUUAUCAAGUUACAGAUAUCACAAAACAAAAUUAUUAUUUAUCAAAAAAUGCAACUCAAACAUUAGGUGAAAUAUAUAAAAGUAGCACUGAACAACAUUCACCUCUGUCUGUUCAUGAAAUAUAUGACGAAGUUGCUGAUAAUGUACUCGAAAUUAGUUAUGAGGAUAAUAGAUUAAGAAAAUCUCCUAGUCCUCCUCCACCUGCACCUCCAAAUGGUGCUCCACAUUUUUCGUCAAUUGAUAAUAGCAAUGAAUUAUUAUCAGCUCAUCAAUCUAUGCUGUCAACGGGUUCCACAAUUCCUGGUGAUAGUUUGCGUUUAAGUCCUCGGUCACCCAAAUCUCCAAAAACGUCACCAAAACAUUUAAAAAGAGAUAGUACUAAUAUCGUAGCCGCAAAAUCAGAUUCAGGUCUCUCAUCAAUGAGUGGUUGGUCGAGCUUAGAAAAAAGCCCUGGUUCACCAAAAACAGGACGCAUUACUCAUACUGUACAUGAUAGUCAUAGAGUACGAAUUCCUUCUCCACAAUCAGUUCAAAGGGUACCAUACGAAUUAGAUUCAAAGCCAUAUUUAGAAACAUUAGUAGAUUCAUACCAGUUUGAAGAAAAGGAUAUAAAAAGAGACUACAAUUUAAGAAAAAGCGACAGUUUCAAGGAGACCUCAAUCGAUAUUAAUAGGUUGCAAGAAAAAAUAGAUUCUAGUUUUAUAAAAAGCGAUAUUCCUUAUUCAAUAUCUGGUCAAAGUACUAUUAGUAAUAUUGAUUAUUAUUAUCAAAAUGAGGCACCUUCUAUUUAUUCAGUGGCUGGUAAUAGACAACCAAUUUUUACAACUGUUUAUAGUACACCAAGAGGGAUGCUUGCUGAAGAUAGACGUUUUUCCGAGUUAUUAGAUAGAAAUGAAAUUAUGGAGCCGGUUCCUAAACAAACAAUUGAUUCUUAUCCUCCAGAGCCCAGUUAUCAUGCGCAGACUGUUGUUAUGUCUGCAGCUAAUAUAACUAAAAAACCAAUAACUAGAGCAAAUACCCUAGGAUCAAAUGAUGUCCACUUUCAUCAAAAUGGCUAUAAAUCAAAUAAUCAUAGAUCUGGAUACCCGUCAGGGAAUUUAACAGACGCACUUUCCUAUUAUCCAACGGCCAGUAGAUACGACUCACCAAAAAGAACAUCUUUAGAAGAUCAAAUAUCCUGGCGAGGUAAUAGGUCACCUACUAGCUCAGUAGAAACUUCAAGCUUGAAAUCACAUUCGUUGAGUAUAACGGAGAGAAAGCAAUUUCAAAAUCAGCUACAGCAGGAAUAUUUCAAACAACAACAAUAUGAUCAGAGAAACGGCAGUGCGUUGAGUGAUACGCAAGGCUAUGACAAGCAGCUGGAACAAACUGUACUAAGAAAAGAUCAGUACGUUGAUUCAACAGGAGUAUUGGUUUCUGAGUCUGGGUAUUUAUCAAUAUCUUCAAAUUUAAAAGGUAAAACACUGGAUAAACAGUCAAAAAAACCAAAGAGAACUUCAUCAUUGAAAUCUGCAAUGUCGUCCAUGAGUCAAUGGCUUCCAGACUUGCAUUUGCCAAAAAAGCAUAGAUCACAUUCUUUACCAACUGGUGUAGAUACAGUGGAGCAAACUCAACAAGAAAAAUCAUUAAAAGAGAGGUUAUUAUCAGCUCAAAGACGAAAAAAGAAGUAUCAUUUAGUAGCAUCUAUGUCAGGCCUAUUACAAAAGGCUAGAAGAAAGCAACAAGCCAGUCAUCAAUCUUUAUCAGAUCCUGAAACAUCUGAGACAGAAUGGUCCGGUGGGCGAUCCAGUGCUCAAUCAGAGGAUAGUGAUAGCGUUUUUUCUGAUUCAACUCACGAAGGUAACGUUUUUGCUAAAGUGCCCACUAAAUCCAAACAAAGAAAAGUCAAUAACCAGGAAACAGUGGAACAACAGCAAAUGAUACAAGAACUACAACACCAAGGUUUAGAAUUUCAAGAUGACGAUAGUGAAUGUAUUAUUGAAGAAAAUGAAAAAUUUCAAAUCAAUCAAUCAAUGCCUAGAGAUAAAAGUGAUGAUAUUGAUUUCCAUUUUGCCCGUGUUAGUCAGAUGAAAAAAGAUAAUAUUACUGAACUAGAAAAGCUUGAUAUUGACACCGAUAUAUCUAAUAUAGAUCCUUUCGAGGAUGACUUUAAGGAUGACAAUCGUUCUCCUUCUUCUCUAUUUGCAACCGUUGGGGAUGUAAAAAAAGCGUCCGCAACAGGAGAUGAUGGAGUUAUGGAAAAUAAUAAAUCUUAUAACGGUAGUUCUCAAGAAUUCGCAGUAUCUAGAGCCUUGGGAAAAUAUAGAUUACGCAAGUCAUCAUCUGUGUCUGAUGAUCAAAUGUCGGAUACUUCACCACCUAAAAUUGAAUCAGAUAUCCCUGAAGAAGGAAUUGAGGAACAAAUGCCAAAAAGUAAAAGACCUGUGAAAACAAGUCCACCUAAAACAAGCCCGCCAGAAAUAAUAAGCAGUGCCGCCCCAGAAGAAUCAAUUAUUUUUUCGGAACGCAGUCCAUCUAUUCAAAGUGCACGAGGUAUACCAAAUAAGUUUCAACCACGACAUCAACAAAGCUUAGAAAUACCAAACAAACACGAUGACGAUGAUAGUAAAAGUACACAUUCGUGGAGAAGUGGCUCAAGAGUUUCAUCUAGACGUCAAAGUACGGAAGAUAGUAUAGAUUCAGAAGAUGAGUGGUAUUGUUACGAAUUGAGGAAAUUAGAAGAAAUGGAGCAUCAAUCCCAAUUUGAAGCAGAAAGAGAAAAAACAUUGACGGAAGAGCCAGAAUUUGAAGAAGAAGUAAUAGCCGAAUCUAAAGAAAUAUUAAAAGAAAAAAUGUCUUUUGUACUACGCGAACUAAAACUUAAGACAGUAUCGAUUAAAGUUAAAUAUGAUGAAGCGCCUUCAGAGGAAAAAUGGAAAGACGUAACAACAUUUCCUGUCAUUGAUGAAAAAUCUGAUGAUACAGCUCCAGAAGGGGAUUCAGAUGAUGACAAAUCAUAUGCUGAUUCGGGUUCAGGUGAAACAUCAGGCCCUGAUAGUCCAGUACAAAGUGGUGACGAGUUUGAAGAAGACUAUGAUGUUCCGCAAUCUCAACAAGUACCCGUACCAGCUGAACCAACACCACAACAAGAUGCACCAGUAGGAAGUAAAUGGAAACUACUAAAAGCAUUAAAAGAUAGAAAAGCAGAAGAGAAAACAACAGAAACACCGGCGGAAACUACACCGUCUACAGAAAAGGACAAAGUUAGCGCUGGCAAUGGCACCGGAGGGUUCAACGAACAAGGCGGACGAGGAAAUGGGCACCCAGGAGAUAAUCCAUUUUAUAGCAACAUUGACAGUAUGCCGGAUAUACGACCUAGGAGAAAAUCCAUUCCUCUGGUGUCUGAACUUACAAUGGCUGCUACGAAGAGGAACGCUGGUUUGACAUCAGCGGUACAUCGAGCUACGCUAAACGAUGAAGAAUUGAAAAUGCACGUUUACAAGAAGACCUUACAAGCUUUGAUCUAUCCGAUUUCAUCAACAACGCCUCACAACUUUGUGUUAUGGACAGCAACGUCUCCUACGUAUUGUUACGAGUGCGAAGGCUUGCUUUGGGGUAUUGCAAGGCAAGGAGUUAGGUGCACUGAGUGUGGUGUCAAAUGCCAUGAAAAAUGCAAAGAUUUGCUCAAUGCCGAUUGUCUUCAGAUGUGUUUCGCAGGGGCGGCCGAAAAGUCUUCCAAACACGGCGCAGAAGACAAAGCUAAUUCAAUAAUCACCGCUAUGAAAGAAAGGAUGAAGCAGCGCGAACGAGAUAUGCCGGAAAUCUUUGAACUGAUCAGACAAGUCUUCAGCAUCGAAACUGAGGGACAUGCAGCACACAUGAGCACCGUGAAGCAAUCCGUCCUCGAUGGCACCUCGAAAUGGAGCGCCAAGAUCGCUAUCACAGUUAUCUGCGCUCAAGGGCUGAUAGCAAAGGAUAAGAGUGGAACCUCGGAUCCGUACGUAACCGUCCAAGUAAGCAAAGUGAAGAAGAGAACAAGAACAAUGCCCCAAGAACUGAAUCCCAUUUGGAACGAGAAAUUUUACUUCGAAUGCCACAACUCGUCAGAUAGGAUAAAAGUGCGAGUUUGGGACGAAGACAACGACUUGAAAUCCAAACUUCGGCAAAAGUUGACGAGGGAAUCUGACGAUUUCUUGGGUCAAACAAUCAUUGAGGUACGAACACUUUCUGGAGAAAUGGAUGUAUGGUACAACUUAGAGAAGAGGACAGACAAAUCCGCGGUAUCAGGCGCUAUCAGACUUCACAUCAACGUCGAGAUCAAGGGAGAAGAGAAAGUGGCGCCAUACCACGUACAAUACACUUGUCUGCAUGAGAACCUGUUUCACUACCUCUGUGAAGAGAAUGGGGGCGCAGUGACCCUCCCUGCAGCACGAGGCGACGACGCCUGGAAGAUCUACUUCAAUGAGAACCCUGAAGAGAUUGUCGACGAGUUCGCCAUGAGAUACGGCAUCGAAGCUAUCUACCAAGCUAUGACACAUUUUCACUGCCUCUCUACAAAGUACCUCUGCGCGGGAGUACCAGCUGUCAUGUCUACUCUUCUGGCCAAUAUCAAUGCUUACUACGCUCACACCACCGCGUCUUCUGCCGUCUCCGCUUCAGACCGAUUUGCUGCUUCUAACUUUGGAAAAGAGAAGUUCGUCAAACUGCUGGAUCAGCUGCACAACUCUCUGCGCAUCGACCUGUCGAUGUACCGCAACAACUUCCCCGCCUCCAGCGCUGAGAAGCUCAUGGACCUCAAGUCUACCGUCGACCUGCUCACCAGCAUCACAUUCUUUAGGAUGAAGGUCCAAGAGCUCAGCAGCCCGCCCCGCGCUAGCACCGUCGUCAAAGACUGUGUCAAAGCUUGUCUUAGGUCGACAUAUCAAUUCCUGUUUGAAAACUGUUAUGAAUUGUAUAAUAGAGAGUUCCAGGUGGAUCCAAAUGAAGCGAAACGCGAUCCAUCCGACCACGGGCCGCAGCUCGACUCCGUAGACUUCUGGCACAAACUCAUAGCGCUCAUUGUAUCUGUGAUAGAAGAGGACAGGAACAGCUACGCACCAGUCCUGAACCAGUUCCCGCAGGAGUUGAAUAUUGGACAGUUAUCUGCUGCGACGAUGUGGUCGUUGUUCGCCGUGGACAUGAAGUACGCGCUAGAAGAACAUGAACAGCAUCGACUUUGCAAGUCUUCCGCUUAUAUGAAUUUACAUUUCAAGGUAAAAUGGUUACACACGAACUACGUGAAGGACGUCCCUCCGUACUGCGGCGCCGUACCGGAGUACCCGGCGUGGUUCGAGCCGUUCGUCAUGCAGUGGCUCAAUGAGAAUGAUGACGUCUCGUUGGAAUACCUCAACGGCGCCUUCAAUAGAGAUAAGAGGGAUGGGUUCCAAAAAUCCAGCGAACACGCACUCUUCAGUAACUCGGUGGUCGAUGUGUUCACGCAACUCACGCAGUGCUUCGAUGUGGUGUCCAAACUGGAGUGUCCCGACCCGGAGAUAUGGAAGCGGUACAUGAAGAGAUUCGCGAAGACAAUUGUCAAAGUGCUGGUCGCUUACGCGGAUAUCGUGAAGAAGGAGUUCCCUGAGCAUUUGAAGGAGGAAAGAGUGGCGUGCAUUUUGAUGAACAACAUCCAGCAGCUCCGAGUUCAGUUAGAGAAAAUGUUCGAAGCGAUGGGCGGCACCAAGCUUGAGCGAGACGCGGCUGAUAUCCUGAAUGAUCUACAAGCAAGUCUGAAUAGCACUUUGGACGAACUCGCUUCUAUGUUCGCUAUCAGCCUAGAAACCAGGAUAACAGCAAGUGUGAAGGAGCUAGGAGAACUGCUCCAAAAAGUGGGAGGCGGUACAGCAGUGCCGGGAGCGCCGCAACCCCCGGCGCAUCAUGAGGCUGAUGAGGUGUUGAGGCCUCUCAUGGAUAUUUUGGAUGGUUCUCUCACUAUGUACGCUGAGUCUUGCGAGAAAACGGUACUGAAGAGGCUCCUGAAGGAACUUUGGAAGAUUGUGAUGAAGAUACUAGAAAAAACUGUGGUGCUUCCUCCUAUGACUGAUAAGACGAUGAUGCUCAAGAAUCUCACGAACAAUGCGAAGAAUUUAGCAGCCAACGCGAAGAUCGAAGACAUGACACAGCUUUUCAAGAGCACGGUCGGUAAACAGGAUGUCAAACACGCUCUUUCCGGCGUCAUGGAUAUUUCGAAGGAGCAUUUAUCAGCAGAAAAGAGUCUCACGCCAAAACAGUGCGCAGUUUUAGACGCAGCAUUAGAUACUAUCAAGUUAUACUUCCACGCUGGAGGCAACGGCUUGAAGAAGACCUUCUUAGAAAAGAGCCCCGAGUUACAAUCCUUGAGAUACGCGCUAAGUUUGUACACGCAAACUACUGACACGCUGAUCAGGACAUUUGUCACCAGUCAGCAAAAUCAGGAUGCAGCAGUAGCUGAGGAAGGCAGCGUAGGAGAAGUAUCUCUUCAAGUUGAUCUGUUCACCCACCCUGGUACGGGUGAACACAAGAUCACGGUCAAAGUGGUUGCUGCAAAUGAUCUCAAAUGGGUGAUAGCCAGCGGCAUGUUCCGUCCGUUUAUCGAAGUGAAUCUAAUUGGUCCGCACCUCGCUGAUAAGAAAAGGAAAUUUGCCACCAAAUCGAAAAGCAACAACUGGAGUCCCAAGUUCAAUGAGACGUUCCAUUUUAUGGUCAGUGCAACAGAACAGUUAGAGCUGUUUGAGCUACAUGUUUGUGUUCGAGACUAUUGCUUUGCUAGAGAAGACAGAUUGGUCGGCGUAGCGGUCAUGCGACUUGCUGAUAUUGCUGAACAGGGAUCAUGUGCGUGCUGGUUGCCUCUUGGUACACGUGUCAAGAUGGACGAAACUGGAUGGACAAUACUGAGAAUUCUCUCGCAGAGACAUAGCGAUGAGGUGGCGAGAGAAUUCGUUAAACUUAAAUCGGAAAUGCGAGCGGAAGCACCGACUGGUACACAGGGACCGGCGUGAAAAACAGAAGAACUAACCGCGUGAUCGAGUUCAGCAAGCCAUUAUAUGCGACUGGGACAAACCGGUUGUGAUAUAUUAAAAUACUAACGGAGCGACCACCGCAUUAUGUCCUCAAUGGACAUCUCAAAGGAGCAGGAGGUGAAUCGACGAUGUCUCUUAAGAUAUACAUCUUAAGAUCAAAUCAAGAUCCUAUCCUACAAGACACGGCGCUCCGGCGGUUACCGGUCAGUGCUCGUUCGUUCAUUUCGUUUACAUUCUCGACGAGAGAAAUCAUUUUGUAAAUAAAUUUAUGGUGUUAAGUUACGCGGAUAGUAGAAUAUUUUGCACAAAUUUGAAUCAUUAGCCAAAAAGACUGACCGUAGGCGGCCGGACGCUGCUACGUCCGCCGAUGUUUAGGCAUUCAGCAAAAUAAGAUAUCCUAAAAUACAUUCUAUUAAAUGUGUUAAAUGUGUCGGUUUACGUUAACUCCAUGAAUCCAUUGCAAUGAGCACAAAAUUUAUCAUUGAUAUCCCGUUUUAGUUCUUCCAUUAAAUGAUAUGAAAUAUUUAUAUUUGUAUUCGUUGACGCAACAACGCCAAAUGGACCUUCAAUCAUACAAUCAUGAAUACCUUCAUUUCAAUAUUUUGCUGGAUUCCUAAAAUUGUGUGUGGACAUAUCGACACACACGAUUUAUGUAUUAAUUCUACUUGUAUGGACCAAACUGUCGUUAAUACGGAUGCAUUACCAAUUCCUUAACCCCUAAUAUUAAAAUCAACAUUAUUUAUCUACUUAAUCAUCUUAUCGUUAUAACGUGUACAGUAAAUAAAUAUAUGGCCUUAUGUAAAUUAUUUCCUUCGUUUGUUGGUAUACAUAAUGUGCUUCUGUCGAGGGACAUGUAAAAGUAUUAACGUAUAGCGUGUUGAGAUUCGAUGCGAGUUUUACGUUCCCCGUUAUCGCGUGUUAGUCAUGCUCGAAAUAAUGCACGUUUAGGAGAUGAGUGUUCUAAAAUUGGAUUACUGUAAGUAGUUUGAUUUAUUGUAUAAUGUAUGGUCUCGUCAUCUUUUAUAUGAACUCCUUUAUGUCCCGUAUCAAGUGAUCCGCGUUAUAUGUGAUCCGAUUUGUAUAUACGUACCAAAAAUUGUUGAAAAAUAUAUAUAUAAAAUCUCACCCUUUUGCUCUUACUUUGUACGCUUGACCUGUUUAAAAUGUUAUCUAAAGUCUCCUGUCUUUUUGUAUAUUAUUGAAAAAUGUGAUAUUGUUAUAAAAUGAGAUACAUAAAUAAUAACUAUGGAUAUUUAUGCGAACUUCAUUUAUAAAUGUUCAUGUGUGUUAACUGUUAACAUAAAUAUAAUUAUUAUGCUUCUAAUUUGUUUCUCUUACGGGAUGAUGAUCCUUUCAAACAUUUGUAUGAUUAUAAUUUUUAUAAAUAAUGUUCGUAAAAUCUUUUAAAAGUAGUAAACCUAAUGUUAAACAUUCAGUGCUCAAAUAUUUUUCUUUAAGCAUUAGUAUCGUGUUUGUAAAGUACAUUGUUUUUUGCGAUAAUGGAAUAUGAAUUUAUUAAAACUUAACCACUUCAUGCAAGGAAAGUACACGGUGUUAAAAACUCACACAAAUAUUUAAACUGGUUUAUUUUUGAUGCUACAUUAUUAUUAUUGGCGUGAGACGUAACUUUUCAUAUCUUAGCCGCUUUUCUAGUAUUUGCACUUUCAAUACAAAUGUGAUAUUUUACUUUAAGCAACUUUUCUAAAAUAUAAUUUAAUAAUUAAUUUAGUUCGCUAUUUUCUAAUAAAAUAUAAAAUUCAUAAUCAAUAAACUGUUAUUGUUGUUUAUAAUAAACAUGUACAUGUACCUUUUUGUAUAUUUAAAUAAAAAAUGAUUUUUAAACUUAGAUAAAACAAUGUAAUUUCAGAAACUUCAGACAUAAAAGUGUUGCGCUGAUAAAAUAAAAUUCCAUUAUAUUGAAUAAAUAAAAAAAAUAUGUAAAUGAAAAUUUGCCGCCAUGCUGUGUUAAUAUUUCUUAAGACUCAAUAUUCAGAACCUACUAUACGAAUUACCAUAAGGUUUGUCGCCAACAGAGAGACAAUAAAAAUAACUAGGGCAGAAAACAAUUGUUUUCUCCAAUAGUGAAUUCUGUUUAACAUAGAAGUUACAACGUCUAUUCACAUAAAGGCGUCUGUAAUGGCCUACCUAGUUUUAGGGCUCGCAUGUGAUAUAGCGGUACCACAUACAUACCUCGUAUACGUAUAUAAUAUAAUGUAGCAUUGAGAUAUAACCGAGAAGCACAUUACUUAACACACACGGGAGUUAGAUUUUCUGUAUAUUAGUAUUUAUCAUGGAUUACAUAUCUGUAGAUAGAAUGUGGUUUGUCUAGUCCAAAUCUCAAUAAUAUAUUAUAAAACAAAUAUAUUUACUCGUCUUACUAAAUCUAAAUUAAAAAUCAUUUCUUGGGUGAUUUUCUUGUGAUUUUUAAUCGACUGAAUCGGUUUGAUUUUAUAUUUUUUUCUACAAAAUUAGUUUAUUUUUAAAGCACACCAUAAUAAUAUAAAAUAAAUAAAUAAAACAUGAAAGUUUAUUGUGUUACAGCUAUAAGGGAUAAAAUAAUCUUUCUCGUGUGCUUUAUUAUUAGGAGUUGUUUAGAACAAAUUGUUUUAGAAAAAUGUACCCAAUGAAUGGAUAGAGUUAUUGAUGUCAGAUAUAAUGUAUCCAAUAUUUAUAUUCUCCACUCAGACUUAUAUCUUAUCGGUAUUUAGGUAAAGUGACAAAAUAUUAUAUUAAUUUGAUAUUAUUUAAUUAUAUAUACUUAACAGAAAUACAUGUUUUUACUCCCGUUUUAGGGAAUAAACAAUAGAUUUUAUUAAAAUACAGUUUUAUAUCAAAAAACAUGCAUUAAACUAUGCGCGCUCUAACAAAUAUCUUUGUGUCUGGUUUAUAUUUCGGAUAAUAUAAAUCUAAAGUAGAAUGUUAGAACUUCUAUCUACUUCUAUAUUGAAAUAUCCAGCUGCAAACUGCGUAGUAAUCUUUAAAUAAAUUGAGUAUAGUCUACAAUAUACAUGUAUAUGUAUAUGUAUAUAUGUGUAAAUCCAUGUUGCCAUUUUGUAUAUCUAGCUAUUUCUUAUACAUCAUCUUCGGUCAUUUUAUUCGUCGGAGUCUUAGAUAUAUAAUAUAAUAUACUCUUGUGUCGAUAGUCUAAUUACCUACAACAAUUUAAUAACUCGUAAAAUCAACUUAAUCAGCUGGUUGAUUUCAAUAUAUAUGUGGAUAGAUAACUCAAAAAUAAUAAGUAAUAAAGAAAUUUAUGUCAUGCAAAUAAAGUUAAAUUGUCAACAACCUGUGAUUCCCAGACCUUCGGCAUUUUUAAAUGCUUAAAGUUUGUCAACCUUUGCUACAGUCGUAAGUUACUUUGGUAGCCAACUAAGAAGUAUGUCAGGUCAUGGUAGCUUUGGGAGAUAGCAGGUAUUAUAUUAAAUUAUUUAUUAUGAUAAUUAUUGUACCGAAUAUUUCUCAUAACUAUAAUAAUGAGAAACCAUGUAAUCAGCACACAGUUAAAUGUGGCAACAUUUUACACUACUUUAAAAGAAUAUUGUUACGUGCUUAUGUCCUAUUUUAUACAUCAAAUAAAAUAUAAAAAAAAUGUUUUAUGUUGAGGGACUUUUGAAACCUGAUACCUCCCAAAGCUGAUGUCUGACAUGACAUCUGACAUCCCAAACAUCCCAAAGAUUUCAAGCUCCAUAGUUCGCUACCGUAGUUACUUAUGUAAGUAGGUUUACAAUCUUCUAGCUUUUAUAAAUGACUAAAGUCUGGUACUCACAGACACACGCUCCAUAAUGUAAUGCGAAUAAAACUACAAAGUUUUUAAAAUGUUAAAACAAAAUGUAGGUAAGUAAUGUUUACCAAGCCACAAAGUUGUCACUUUAAUUAAAUAUCAAUUUAUUGAAGAAACUUUUUCAAAAGCUCGUUUUGCAUUGGCGAUAUAUUCACGACUAGUCACGAUCGAAUCAUUUUGUAUGUAAUACAAAUGUAGGUUACCUACGUCCAUUGCAUUGAAAAGCCGUUGGGAUCGACUAUCUACAUAAACCAUAUUGUUAGUUAGGAAUAGUUUUUGUUUAAGGUGUUUUCUUUUAUUUUACACAGUCCAGUUUAUGAAGAUAAAGCGAUCGAGCUAGUAUUAAAGAAAAGCGCACAGCGUUCAUUCAAUUUCAUAAAUAUUUUACUACAUAUAGAAACUUCAUCGACACAUCAAGAAACCCUUUACCAUUUGACAAUACUUGGUAAAUAUUAUUUUUAAGUGUAACAUGUGAUGAAACACAUCAGUUCAUUGUAAGUCGGUUACGCUCCAAUUCUAGUAUUAAAUUCACUAACAUUGCAUAUAUCUUUGUAUAAAUGCAUAUAUGUAAAUGUUACAUGUUUAAACACAUUAUUGAAUUUAGAAUUUUUAUGAAAAUAUAAAUAAAUAUCCGUAUUUCAAAUAUAA